UUAUACUGUCCCGACGCGGUCACACUGCAUGCAGCUGAUUGAAAUAGCUAUUUUGAAAUUGAAAAAUGUGUGAAUAUUUUAUUAAAGUUUUGCGCCGCACGCAACUUAGCCACAGUCAAACGGACGUCAAGCCCUUUAUCUAUUUGCACAGCAAGUGGCUGGAGGAUGCUGUCGAGCUUCAACUGUAUGUGCCUACAAGUAAUUCUAGCUACAAAGCGAUUUUGAAGUAUGAUGAAAUUAAGAGCGCUGCAGAGGAGCUCCAAUUAGAUUACACUGAGUUAUAUGAUGAAUACAAAAAGGCGCUCACCACACAAAUGGGACUACCGGGUUUCGACUAUGAGGUCGAUGAGGAGAAACCUAAAUUUAAGCUGUGGAAAUGCUGUGGCUUUGAAAUCCUGUAUGUGGACGAGAAAAUGCGCAAAUUGUCGAACGUUCAACAGAUGCUGGAUGCAGCCAUGGAGUGUGGACAAACUAGCUCAUCAGGUGCAUCACAAGGCUCUAGUCAGGGAGCUGCUGGUGCUGAAACACAGUCCAGCGAAUUGGUGCAGCAAUACGAGCAAUAUAUCAACGAUUCCAAGCAGACGGAAAAGAAGCUGCUCAAAAAGUUCGUCAUGUUGCUGAAUACCAAAAAGCGGCGCAUUGAAGAACUGGAAUCUUUGCUGGGCAAGCGUAAGAAGACCACUGCUAUUAACGACUCCACUGAUGAGGAAAUGGAACCGUUGAAGACAACUACUGACUCCGAUAGUGACGUGGAGAAACCGCAGUCAGAGGAUGACGCUGACUUUGGAGCGGCCACUGAGGUCUUAACCCAGCGGGAAUAAACCUAUGG